AUGAGUGAGCUCUACAAGGAAGCAGCGACACUAUUGUAUAAAUUAGAGCAACGUCAGGCUGGACUCAAGACAAUGGCAUAUGCAGAAUCUACAGUACAUAAACGAAGCUCCUUUGCACUCGUGUGCGAGACGUUACGUUACAAGCCACUGUUGCGUGAACUGCUCAUGGCUGUACCCGAGUGCCACAAAGCGCUCAAGAUGUCCAAGGACGUUAAAAAGCCACCGCCUGCACUUGUUUUUGUAGCUCUCUAUGACCUUCUAUUUGGUAGACAAAAGAUACAAGGUGGUGGAUACGUGAAGAAGACGUUUAUGCAGUAUCAGACGGCGUUCCGAGCGGCACUGGCGAGACUCAAGAUUAAACGUAAAGUAGCGUCCAACGAGGCGCUUUUGCCACUUGAAAAUCGAAAGAAGCAGCACCUUGCAAUGCCUCGUUACGUUCGUUUCAAUACGUUGCUAGCUUCUAUGGAAGAGAUUGAGGCAUUUAUGCGCGAGUACGACGCCAAACAAGACCAAGAUGUGCGAGAUCUGCUCGUGUUGCCGUCGGGUACGGAACUUCAUGAGCACGGGAUGGUUACGAAUGGAAAGCUUGUGCUACAGGACAAAGCCAGCUGCUUUCCGGCUUUUGUACUACAUGGAGAGUAUGCUGAUGCGACGGACAAACAGGGUGACGUGAUCGACGCGUGUGCCGCACCUGGAAAUAAGACUAGUCACUUGGCCAUGCUACUACAGCAACAAGAUGGAAAUGAAGAGGAUGGUGCUACCCGAAAGCGACGAGUGUUUGCUUUUGACCGAUCGCCCAAGCGACUUGCACUGCUGAAGCGACGUAUACAGCUUGCAGGAGCUGCUGCUUUGGUGCAUGCUGAGCUGCAGAGCUUCCUGGAGGUUUGCGUCGACGAUGAAAAGUAUCGCAAUGUGCGAAGUAUUUUGUUGGACCCAUCGUGCUCUGGUUCGGGGAUGACAAACCGUCUGGAUCACUUGCUAGAUAUCGCAAGUGCGCGUGAUACGGUGCUGGAACCCAAUGAUGGCGCAGAGUAUGAACAAGAGACUGCCAAGCGUCUUCAGGCUCUUGCAGACUUUCAGCUCGAAGCGUUACGAGGACGAGGAAGUUGUUGCGGCAGCAUUAAAAUCCGAGGAAAACACUACUGCAGCGCGUCCUUUUGUGCUGAAACCAGCUCUAUUGUCGUGGCCACGUCGCGUGUUGGUGGCGAAUCGAGUGCAGCAAAUGAGAGAACAUCGACUGCUGCAAGUGUUCAAGAUACCGCUACAUCACCUGCUUCCAGUGCAAAAGCAAAGAUGUUGCAUACUGUCAAGAAACGCAAGGUGCUGUCUUCUGUCAGUCAAAAAGACAAUCGAAAGCGUCGGAAGCGUGAGAAGCGCAAGAAACAUGGCAAUUCAGUAUCAGAAAAGACAAAAAGUGACGAGCAAGAAAACACGGAUCAGAUGCAAAAUCGCGAUCUUUCGACGAAACGGCCGCAUGUUCAAAGACGACACAGAAUAAACUAUUCGCUUUGA